UAAAGAUGUCGAGGAAUUUGUUAAGAAAUGGAGUGAUGAAGAGCAGUGUACGAGGUUUAUUCAAGAAAGCUGCCGGGGAAUCAAAGGGAUCAGAGAAGUUUCCGAGUCUAGAAGGCCACCCAAUUGCUCAAGAACACGCAGGGGAAGCUGUGGAGUCAAACGUAAACAGGUUGAGACAAUUAGGCGAAAACCAAUCUCCGAAGAAAGAGUUCAGAAUCUACAGAUGGAGCCCUGAUCAUCCCAACCAAAGGCCAUUUCUUCAGUCAUUUCACGUCGAUCUCUCCGCUUGUGGCCCCAUGGUUCUGGAUGCGCUGCAGAAGAUAAAGGGUGAGGAGGAUUCGAGUUUGAGUUACAGGAGGUCUUGCAGGGAAGGGAUAUGUGGGUCGUGCUCGAUGAACAUAGAUGGCGUCAAUACUGUGGCGUGUCUGAAGCCAAUAGACACAGACACGAGCAGGGCCACGGUAAUCACGCCUCUGCCGCACAUGUUCGUCAUCAAAGACUUGGUGGUUGACCUCACUAACUUCUACCAACAGUACAAGUCAAUUGAGCCGUGGCUGAAGACGAGAAAGGCGGCCCCGGAAGGAAGGGAAUACAGGCAGACUCCGGAGGAGAGGAAAAGACUAGACGGGCUGUACGAGUGUAUAUUAUGCGCCUGCUGCUCAACUUCCUGCCCUUCCUACUGGUGGAAUCCUGAAGAGUUUCCCGGCCCGGCGGCUUUACUCCAUGCUUAUCGUUGGAUUUCCGACAGCCGGGACGAAUAUGCAAAAGAGAGAUUGCAGGCAAUAACAGAGAAUCAGAAACGGUUGUAUAGGUGCAGGACUAUAAAAAAUUGCACGGCAUGUUGUCCCAAGAGCCUAAACCCAGCAAAUGCCAUAAAUAAGAUGAAGACUAGGCACCUUACCGCAUACCCAGUGGAGAAAUAUGAAGCUGAACCAGAGCCUCGUUAUGGACAAUCUUGAAUUUUCAAUUCAUCUUUAACGUAAACCUCAAAUGAGAACAUACGAUUGAAAUAGUUUAAUUAUAUAUGUUAAUUUUAUGCUUUUAACUUUUAAUUAUUUCAAUUGAGUUCAUAUAUAUAGUUGUUGAGGCCUGAGGGUGACAGGCUUUUAGAUGAUACUUUUAAUUAAAAUUGUGGCAAUAGUUAAUUUUCAAUAUCUUUUGCUUCCUCUAAAUAUUUAGAUGAUUUUAAUUCUUCCUCACCGAGAUUCUAGCUUUCCCACAAAAUUCAAAACCCACACAAAAGUGAUCCAAAAAAUUGUAGGAAAACUCAAACUAAACAAAACAAAUAAAAAAAAAAUCCAUUUCAACAAAAAGAA